GCUGACUCCUAGUCUCCAGUAACUGAUCUAAUACAAGAUGUGAUGAUGAUAAUCGAUAUCUUGAACACCCGAUUUCCCCUUUGAAUGGCGCAUACGACUCCCGGCCCAUCCUGGUCAUACUGUACUCCCAGAAACUCGUGACGCAAGACGAUUUUAAAUGAUCGUGGAUUUAGUUGGCAACGCCCAACCCCUGCAACACGCUUUUAGUCCUGUCCGUAGUUUGGAGCCAGCCAAGGAAUACAAAGCUUUCCAAGAAAGCCCCAGAUUCACACCAGGUGCUUGCAGAACAAGUGAAUGUCCGCUCCCGGAUCACAUUGCGAUCGUCCGAGUUACGCGGAUUUCAUCCGCACCGAACACGAUGUUUGGAAAAUUUUAAGCGCGAGGGAGGGAACACCAUUGACAUGUCAUCACGAUUUGAAAAGCGGAUAACACGGAAAGGGCAAAGAGACGCGUGCCAGGAUGAACGUGUCCGUGACGGUGAGGUAGUCGCGAUCGUGAUAUUGAAAAGAUGGACGUCAAGAGACGGAGCUUGGAUGAACCAAACACCGGUAUUGACAGCAUUGACAACUUGACGUCGACAACGAGGCCUACCGGGACCUUGCGAGAGGCGGUGAUCCACCAGAA